AUGUUAAAGAAAAUUGUAUUAGCCAUAGUCUUCAUUUUCGUCAUCAUAAUAGCAGCAAGAACCAUCCUCUUGUCUCGGCACAGUCCACCAGUGACUGAGUGUAGAGCAACAGAUGAUGAUUUCAUACCUUUAUCAGAUUCAAGGUUGGCAAGGUUUCAGAGAGCUCUGCAGUUUCAGACUGUCAGUCGCGAUGUUGGAGAUUAUAAUAGGGACGAACUUCAGAACUUUGGAGACUUUAUAAUUAAUAGUUUUCCAACUCUGCACAAUUCAUCUUUAGUGGAAUGGGAGCGUGUCAACAAUUACAGUUUUCUGUAUCAGAUCAAGGGAAACAAACGAGACUUGAAGCCAUAUUUGCUGAUGAGCCACUUGGAUGUAGUACCUGCCACAAAUCUGGAAGCAUGGGAGGCUCCUCCAUUUUCUGGCAACAUUGUGGAUGGCUUUAUAUAUGGUCGGGGAGCUAUAGAUGUCAAACAGUGUGUCAUGGGCAUUUUGGAAUCCGUAGAGUACCUUCUGAACAAUGACAUUACCCCAGCAAGAUCUUUUUAUAUCGCCUUUGGGCAUGAUGAAGAGGUAACAGGAUCUCAUGGAGCCAAAAUGAUAGCGGCAAGACUGAAGGAAAAAGGGGUCAGCGAGUUGGAGUACAUUUCAGACGAAGGUCUUCCUGUGUCUGAAGGUCUCAUUAGUGGAGUCAACAAACCUGUUGCCAGCAUUGGUGUCAGUGAAAAGGGUCAGGCAAUUCUCAAGUUGUCAGUGAAGGGUGUUCCAGGCCACUCGUCGAUGCCACCUAAGGAGUCUACAAUUGGAAUUCUUGCAGGAGCUGUCCAUAGGCUUGAGUCGAAUCCACAUCCGAGCAUGCUGGGAACUGGCGUGGAGACGCAGUUUCUAGAACAUCUGGUGCCAGAGAUGAAUUUCCCCCAAAGAAUACUUGUUGCAAAUAUUUGGCUAUUUAAACCGCUGCUGUCUUGGCUGCUGUCUUUGAAGCCACACUCUGAUGCCAUGAUAAGAACAGUAACCUCUAUCACAAUGUUCAAUGCAGGAGUGAAGGCAAACGUGAUUCCACCACUGGCUGAAGCGAUAGUCAAUCACAGGAUACAUCCAUCUCAGACUGUUAGAGAGGUCAUAGAAUAUGACAGACAGUUGAUUGGUGAUGCCAGGGUGAAUAUUGAAAUUGCCAGCAGCAUAGACCCUCAUCCAACUGCAGGCUAUGGGAACAAUGAUUUUGGUUAUCAGGUAUUCAAGACAACUAUACGACAGAUAUGGCCCAGUGCCUUGGUUGCUCCAGGUGUUCUGAUAGGCAACACAGACACACGUCACUACUUAAAUUUUACCAACAACAUUUAUCGUUUUUCACCAACGCAUAUGUUUCCUGGGGAUGCCCAGCGCUUCCAUGGACUCAACGAGCGCAUAUCAGUGAAGAAUUACGAGCAAGUGAUCAACUUUUUCUUUCACCUGAUUAGAAAUUCUGACCAGCCUUCUCUAAGCCCAGUCCAUGAACAUCAUGAUGAUCUAUAG